AGGGAACUGACGUAAGGAUGCGACGACAAUAGCGGAAGUGGGGUUUGUUUUGAAGCUAGCCUCGACUGUUUCAAUCGUCUUAAAGAAGCUGCUUGUCACAGAAAAUGGAGAUCUGAGUGUCCGAUUGGUCGAAGUUUUAAUACAGUGUAUCACAAAAAAUGCCUCUCCCUGCCGCGCUGCUGGCCCGUCUGGCCAAGAGGGGGAUCGUCAAGCCAACGGAGCAAGGGCCGGAUGAAGAGAUUAUAGCGGAAGAUUACGACGACAACAACGUGGAUUACGAAGCCACCAGGGUGGAGGCGCUGCCGCCAAACUGGUAUAAAGUGUACGACCCCACUUGUGGUCUUCCAUACUACUGGAAUGUAGAGACAGACCUGGUGGCCUGGCUGUCCCCCAACGACCCAUCUGCUCAGAUAACAAAAGCUGCAAAGAAACAAAAAGCGGAGGCGGAAGAGCGAGCGGAGCGUCACUCCGACAAGCCGGAGCGAGAGCGGGACCGAGACCGCGAGCGCCACAGAGAUCGCGAAAGAGAGCGAGACCGCGAUAGAGAACGAAGAAAGCAGAGGAGGGACGACGUCGCGCCCUACAAGAGCAAAAGAGUCGCCAUUCAUAGAAAAGAUGACGAAAUGGACCCCAUGGACCCCAGCUCGUAUUCGGAUGCUCCCAGGUACGAUGCCAGAGUUCCGUAUUUUUCAGGCGAGCGCGGUAACCGCUAUUUCCGCAUUUGUCGGCAGGGGCGCGUGGUCCAGCGGCCUUCCCAAACGCAACGAAGCCAAGACUGGCGCCGACACCACGGCCGCCGGGCCCCUCUUCCAGCAACGUCCCUACCCGAGCCCGGGAGCCGUGCUCCGCGCCAAUGCUGCCAACCAAUUCGUCAAGGAGUGAUGAUGCCGAAUCGCCUUCUUCGUCAUUUGGGACAAUGUCUUUUUUUUUUUUUUUUUUUUUUUUUAAUUCCAGAAAUAUAAGACUGCGAAAUGUUUGCGGGAGUUCAGAAGUGGUCAGCGGCUCCCAAAUAGUGACAAAUAAAGUCGUAAUCCAAGGUGAAGAGUUUCUUUU